CACCACUAGUAGCUAGCUAAGCGAGUGCGAUUCCGGAGCGUGAGCCACGCGCGGGAGACUGAAGAGAAAACAAAAAGCUUCAUCCUUUUGUUCUUUAAACCCCCGUCCUCUUCCCGUGAACUCUCACCGCAUAAAUCUCUCCGUCUCCAAAUCCCCAAUUCACAAACCCUAAACCCUAAAUGUCUCAAUCAAUCACCGAGGAGCCGCCGCCGCCCUCCUCCGAUUCGUUCUCAAUCCCUCCCUUCGACGACCAAUUUCACCAUCAGACCCCGAUCGGCGAGCUAAUGUCCGAUCUAGGGUUCCCGAUCGACGGCGAUUUCGAGCUCACUUUCGACGGCAUGGAGGAUGUCUACCUUCCCGCCGAGAACGAGACGUUCCUCAUCCCCGGUAACCAAGAGCAGUUCGGAGAUUUCACGCCGGAGUCGGAAGGCUCCGGCGAUUGCCUCCCCAAAGACGCCGAUAAGAGUAAGAGCGCUACUCCGUUGUCGUCUCAGGGGUCGGGUAAUUGCGGCUCCGACGUCUCCGAAGGCACUACCGUGGUGGAUCAGAAGGUGAAGGUGGAGGCGACGACGACGUCUGUGACCAAGAGGAAGAAGGAGGAGAUCGAGGAGGAUAUGAGCGACGAGUCGAGAAACAGUAAGUACAGGAGAUCGGGAGAGGAGAGCGCCGUCACAGGCGAAGAAGACGAGAAGAAGAAGGCGAGGCUCGUUAGAAACCGAGAAAGCGCGCAGCUUUCGAGGCAGAGGAAGAAGCAUUACGUUGAGGAGCUUGAGGAGAAGGUUAGGCAUAUGCAUUCCACUAUCACCGACCUCAACGGGAAGAUAUCGUUUUUCAUGGCUGAGAAUGCGACUUUAAGGCAGCAGCUAGGUGGGAGUGGGAUGUGUCCUCCGCCUCCGAUGGGAAUGUAUCCUCCGAUGGCGCCAAUGGCUUACCCGUGGAUGCCUUGUCCUCCUUAUAUGAUGAAGCAGCAGGGGUCUCAAGUGCCUUUGAUUCCUAUUCCUAGGUUGAAGCCUCAGAAUCCUAUGGGAUCGUCCAAGGGGAAGAGUAAGAAGAGUGAGACCAAAACCAAGAAGGUUGCGAGUAUUAGUGUUUUGGGCCUUGUGUUUUGUCUGUUUUUGUUUGGUGCUUUGGCUCCAGUUGUGAACGUUAAUUACGGUGGGAUUAGUGGUGCUUUUUAUGGGAACUAUAGGUCUAAUUACGUUACUGAUCAGAUUUAUAGCCAGCAGCAUAGGAAUAGGGUUUUGGAUACAUCUCGUAGUAGUUGUGCUGGUUCUGGGGUUUCUAAUAUAUCUGCACCUCCUGGGAACGGUAGCGAGCCUCUGGUUGCAUCGCUCUUUGUUCCGAGGAAUGACAAGCUUGUGAAGAUUGAUGGGAAUUUGAUUAUUAAUUCUAUAUUGGCUAGUGAGAAAGCGGUGGCUUCACGUAAGGCUUCUGAAUCGAGUGAGAGGAAAGCUGCUGACCCGGCGGUGGUUACUAAAGAUUAUCACCCUGCACUGCCUCUGCCUGAGGUGGGGAAGGUCGAGGAUAUGGCUAAGCAUCUCUAUAGAUCCAGGGCUCAAAAGCAGAGAGCUUUAUCCUCUGGCGCUGCUGAUACUCUGAAAGAUCAGAUCAAAACGAAAGCAGCUAAUGGUGAAAUGCAGCAAUGGUUUCGUGAAGGUGUUGCAGGGCCAAUGUUUAGCUCAGGGAUGUGCACUGAAGUGUUUCAGUUCGAUGUCUCAUCAACCUCCGGAGCCAUCAUACCUGCAUCUCCAGCAGCCAACGUCUCUGCUGAACACAGUAAGAACGCCACAGACACGCACAGGAGAAAGAACAGAAGAACCCUUCGUGGCCUCCCCAUUCCACUCCCGGGAUCAGACUUCAACUUCACCAAAGAGCACCAAAGAAACAGCUCUAGCAAAGAAAUCAAGCCCGCUUCAUCAAUGGUUGUGUCAGUGCUCGUUGAUCCUAGAGAAGGUGGUGAUGGAGAUAUCGAUGGGAUGAUUGGUGGACCAAAAUCACUGUCCCGAGUUUUUGUUGUCGUGCUUGUGGACAGUGCAAAGUAUGUUACCUACUCUUGUGUCCUACCUCGAUCAGGAGCUCCUCAUCUUGUGACCACUUAAAGACUUCUUCUAUCCAUCAGCUGUGUAUGUAGAAGAAUAAACAAGCUGCCUGCUCUAUGGAAUCAAGUAGUAUCCGUAGCUAUUACCGUUUUUGUUUCCAGAUGUAGAAUCGAGUUCUGUAGCUUUUUCUUAUAUACUUCUCAUAAACUUAUAUAGAACCUAGAAAGUUAUACUUUACUCAUCAAA